UUUAACUACGCUUUGGGAACUCACUCUUCCAUCCUUCAAAUUAUCUAUGAGGUCACAGCAAACUGCACUCUAUAUAAACAACAUACUGGCGUGUAGAGAGGAGACGACAUGGAUAAGCACGCACACCAAUUUAAUUUCUUUGCUCUGCUUUAAUUCUUUGUUUCUGUUUACCAAGCUGAGGAAUCUUAUUGAUGACCGAGGAAGAUAAUUGUUCACCGUCGUCCAACAAUCGCGGCUACGGGAUGAAAUUGUUCGGCUUCGACGUGUCCGAAGGUCAGGAGGCCGGCGGAUCGACCUCCGACGCCGCCGACGCCACCACGACCGCCUCCGGCGGCGCCAGAGACAGGGCCAAGUACGAGUGUCACUACUGCCGCCGGGAGUUCGCCAACUCGCAGGCGCUCGGCGGCCACCAGAACGCGCACAAGAAGGAGCGGCAGCACCUGAAGCGCGAGCAGAUGCAGCGACAGCAGCAGCAGCAGAAUCUCCUCUACGGGGGCGGCGGCGGCGGUAGCCGCAGCAGCAGCGCGCUGUAUCCGCGGAACCCGAUUGGCUGGGCCUUCGCGCCGCCGCCCCAUCUGCUAACGGGCCCACCCGCUGCCGACUCCGCCACCAGGUGGUUCUAUUUUUCGCGCACUGCCAAUGAGCCAGCGGCGGCGGCGGAGCCCAUCCACGUGGCGCACGGUUGCGCAUUUCCUCCAUCGUCCCCUGCCUCGGGCUUCUCUCGCGUCCCCGCCGGAUAUGCGCGCGGAGCGCUUGCCCACGAAGCGGGCAGCGGCCACGCAGCCGCAGCGGAGACAGGCUCGAGCUCGUUCGCGAGGCCGGCGAAGAAUUCGGCCGGACCCGGCGAGUCGUGCAGGUUGGACCUCAAGCUCAGCCUGGCUCCAGGCGGGUGGUGACUCGGGUCAAUUAACUAAUUAGCACGCUUCGUACGCCACCAACGACCGGUUCAGAGAUGAAACGGAGGGAUCUUUUAGCCAUAUAACAAAUGCAAAACCUUGUAGUUAAUUAAAGUUCUUUCUUUUUUUCACCAGAUCUUUUCUGAAAGAUUUGUGAGCAUAUAUAUAUA